AUGUAUCACCUAUUCUCUGUACCUCUGGGAGCCGUGCUUGCAUGGGUUACCCUCUGGAUCUCUGCUGCCGACAGUGCCAGCGACCUUACUUACUGCUCCACGGAUAGCACGGGUUCGGGCGCUGCAAACUUUUCCACCUACCAAUCGAACGGUAACUGUCAGGAUCAUUGCAGCGGCAGUGCAUUUGGCAUUUUGCAGGGGAAAAACUGUUGGUGCUCUGACAUCGCCCCCAACGACGCUGAUAAUGUCGAGACCUCAAAAUGUGACGAUGGCUGCCCUGGAUUCCCGGACGAUUCGUGUGGUAAUGGGCAGUCCCUCGGGGACCGCGAGCGCAUCGUCAACAUCAAGUACCGAAUCGGUCAGUACAUUCCGCCUUCAUUAAAUGCACUUAAAUACCCGCCCCCUAUCGAUGCCCCUCCACGUCCUCUGAACUGUCUGGCUUAUUUUACUAACUACGUGAAGUCUUCAACCUCGGACGAGAGCUCCACCAUCGGAGAUUCCGGCUCAACAUCUGCAGCAGAUAACGCCAAUGACUCGAAAAGUGAUGGUGGCGGAUCCGGCGUCAGUGGUGGAGCUAUUGCCGGAAUUGUCAUCGGUGUCGUCGGUGGUAUUGCCCUGAUUGCUGCUGCCAUUAUCCUGUUCCUCGUCAAGCGCCGGCGUGAUAGGGAGGAUGCCGGCUACCAGAACGACUCAAUAGAUGGUAGGCAGAGCAAGGGCUCCUGGAUGAGCUAUGCCGGCGGCAAGGGCGUCUUCGCGGACAAUCACAGUCACACCCUAUCCAAUGGGUCAUCGAGUGCACCCCAGCGUAUGCCAACCUUCACGGAUAACCGUUUGAACACAGGCGCGGUACUAUAUCCGAAUGGUCGUCGCGCCAGCGAUGUCUCCCUUCAGGAUAACGAAGAUUAUUCUCGACCGGUUCUCCGGCUUACCAACCCCGACUAA